ACGUGAGUUUUUAUCUGAGGCUGUCAGCAGGCUCAGACAACGGCCGAGGAGAGGAACAACACCCCAAAGUAACCGCUUCACUGCACCACCGAGAUCCAACCUUCCUAACAAUGGAUCAGUUCGUGCAAGAUGAACUCUGACCUCACCAGAAUCGGUGAAGACUGGCCGACCAGAAAUCUCUCCUUCUGGGGAAGAAGAACUGAACUCUACUGGAGAAGAGGCUGGCAAAACAAAGACUGAGCAUUACUUCAGCUGAAGACAACACCGAGGACAUUUGGUCAAUGAAUCAGCACAGUGCUUCGAGCACUCAUCUCAUGCGUAAGGAAAGCUAGAAACUGAUGAAAGCGUCGUGAGAGAUGAUGAAUCGCUACACCACCCUGAAGCAGCUUGGUGAUGGCACCUACGGCAGUGUGCUGAUGGGGAGAAGCAAUGAGUCUGGAGAGCUUGUAGCCAUCAAGAGGAUGAAGAGGAAGUUUUAUUCAUGGGAAGAAUGUAUGAACCUAAGAGAAGUAAAGUCACUGAAGAAGCUGAACCACGCGAAUGUGGUGAAGCUAAAAGAGGUUAUCAGAGAGAACGAUCACCUCUACUUUGUCUUUGAGUACAUGAAGGAGAACCUGUACCAGCUUAUGAAGGACAGAGAGAAUAAGAUGUUCUCAGAGAAUGAAAUUAGGAACAUCAUGUUUCAAGUGCUAUCUGGGUUGGCUUUUGUUCAUAAGCAUGGUUUUUUCCAUCGAGACAUGAAGCCAGAAAAUUUGUUGUGCAUGGGUCCAGAACUGGUCAAAAUAGCAGAUUUUGGACUGGCCAGAGAGAUUCGCUCCAAACCUCCCUACACAGACUAUGUAUCAACGAGAUGGUACCGAGCUCCAGAGGUCCUGCUCAGGUCAUCUACCUACAGCUCUCCUAUUGACCUGUGGGCUGUGGGCUGCAUCAUGGCUGAACUGUACACACUCAGACCUCUUUUCCCGGGCAACAGUGAAGUCGACGAGAUCUUUAAGAUUUGCCAAGUCCUAGGAACUGUCAAAAAGACGGAUUGGCCCGAGGGCUAUCAACUAGCAUCUGCUAUGAACUUCCGCUUCCCCCAGUGUGUGCCGACCCACCUGAAGACCCUUAUUCCAAAUGCCAGCAACGAGGCUAUUGCACUGAUGAAGGACCUACUGCAGUGGGACCCCAAGAAAAGGCCCACUGCUGUACAGGCCCUGCGGUAUCCUUACUUCCAGGUAGGUCAGGUCUUAGGGCCUCGUCCUCAAAGCCAGGAGGUGAAGAAGGUCCAGACCAGGCCGCAAGCCCAGAAACAGGCGUCUGAGUCCAAGGUUGAUCCUCAGCAGUUUUCCUCUGAGUCCAAAGCCUCCACAUCCUCCUCCAGAAACCAUCAGCAGCAUCAGCCUCUUCAGCAGAUCCCCUUGCCUCAAGCUGACAGUAAACCUGGCGUGAGUGGCUUUAUGAAAUCAAAGGUGACACGGUUGGGCAGUGAGGACAAUGUUGGCAUGGGGGCGCUGAAGAGCGGUCGUCGUCGCUGGGGCCAGACGGUCGCCAAGACCUCGGACAGCUGGGAGGAAUCCGACCCAUCGGAAACUUCUGCCUCCAACUCCAAGAAACCCAGCCUGGGGAACACAGAGGAGGAGAGGAGCCUGAAGGAGCAGUGCCCACAACCUAAGGAGCAGAAACCUCUAUAUUCCUUCAGCACAGUUACCAAGCUCCCCAAUAAUGUUAAGGUUGGCCAAAUGGACUCCAAUCUCCCAGGAUCUGCCGCACGACAGCACUAUCUCAGCCAGUCACGAUACUUGCCAGGCUUGAUCGGCAAGAAUCAGACUUCCUCCGGAGAUAAGGAUUUGGGUGGUAUGACAUUGAGGGAUCUGUGGGAGAACUCCUCAAACACUGUAAAUAAACCACUUGGUCCCAUUGGAGGAGGAUUAACUGUCACCAGAGCCAAUGCAGAAGAGAAUGCCACAAAGUCUGAGGAUAGCCCACCAGAGAAAACUGUUGUUAAAGAAAGAAUACUAGAGAAAAUUGAUCUCUCCAAAGGGAAUUUUAUAAGCACCAAGUACAACCUCUCUGGUGGUUACAUCCCUUCAUUCCAAAAGAAGGAGGUUGGCUCAGUGGGACAGAGAAUCCAGCUUGCCCCUUUGGCUGGCCAGCACACAAUCAGUCUUUCUUCUUCCUCUCCUGAAAAUAAAAAAGACAAGCCAAAAUCUGCAAAGCUCAAGCCCAUAUCCAACUCAUCAAUGAGUGAAACUAGUGAAGACUACGAGAGCUGGAAGAGGAGGACAGACGCGACUCAGAUGAAGGGAAGCAGCUACUCAGCACUGGGAAAAACCUCUGGAAACCUCCUGACCAGAGCUCCUGCUGUGCAGCCCGUCCAUGGCAGGGUGGACUGGACGUCCAAGUAUGGUGGAAAUCGGUAAUUUGGAGAAGCGGGUGCUACUACAUCAUCUGCUAUACUUGCUGGGCUGUGUGUCCUGGUGCAUCUCUGCCUCAGAGAAUAGAGCCCGAGCAAAAUUUUAACCACAUCAAAACUCACACCUGUGGGAUAUCUAUGAAAACUGUUUGUUUCCGAAAGAUUACACAAAGACAUUUUUUUUAUGCACAUGUAGGACUGACUGUAUGUUCAUGGACUCUGUGUUCUGGAUGGUUGCCAUGAUGCUGAAACCAAGACCGGUACUGUCUGCAAGACAAUGCCACUGUUUUCCUCAAGGAUCCAGUGUGAGCCAAUUCUACUGUUAGAGCUUGGAUAUUUUGAAUAGGAUUUAAAUGUAGCGUAGCUUUUCACCUUUUUUUUUUUACUUUAGUUUUUAUUGUCAAGUAUUGUUACACACUAUCAAUGGUUCCUCCAAUGCUAUGUUCUAUCUGCUCCAAUUCAUCAUACUGUAGGUAACACAUGAAACAAUAUUCACUGUAUUUGCGAUAAGAAUGAUUACAACUAACUCUGCAUCUUAUAAGGGAACUGCAAACCUCUUUGUAUUAUGCAAUGAAUAAACAGAACAUUUUGUAAUUGUUUUAUA